GCAUGGAAUUAGAUAGAGAGAGUGAGAGUGCGUGAAUGAGAGGUAGAGAAGGCGGCAGCAGCAGCAGCGGUAGUAGUUAGAACAACAACAACACCAACAGCAGCAGCAGCAGUUUUCGACAAAAGAACAGAUAGGUCUUCUACUGUUGGAAAGCCUGGAUUCUGUAAACGUUGCAACCGCCUUAUUGCUGUCUCAUGUCACAGUGCUGACGAUAACAAGGAAAGGCAAGGAAAAUGAUUUGACAACGACAUCUACUACUAGCUACGUUGGCUACAGCCUAGCCUCCUUAUUGCCCUAGUGUGGUCAUAUCUCUUUCUACCUGCGAUUUAAAACCUCACUUUGAAUGAAGUCUGUCAGCCGUUUGAACACCAUGCUUAAUGUUAGUGACACCACUAGAGAUCACCAGACAUGUCUGAAGACCUUCCAGACAGCUCAUUUCCCUAAAAGUCACAUCAUUAGUCCCAUAGAGCUGGCUAAGAAUGGCUUUGAGUACACUGGCAUUGGGGACCGUGUUCGCUGUGUCUAUUGUCAAGGAAUGCUUGACGACUGGCAGCUGGGAGACAGUGUGGAGAAGGAACACAGGCGGCAUUUUCCUUAUUGUCCGUUUGUUCAGGAGAGAGAUAUGAACGAUCGCAUUUAUAACUCGACACACAUCUUCCCCUCAUUUCUGCCAGACAGCUUUGAGAGGUUCCACACAGCUGCUACCCAACCUGAUUACGUGCCAUAUGCUGCACUUCGCACCCGUUUUGGUCAGAAUUCUACAGCUCAGACUCAACUUUCUAGCUUACAUUCUGCUGCACAGAAUGGAUGGACUUCAGACGUGCGUGAUUCGUUGACCAGCAGGCUGCCCAGCAGUGUACCGACUCCAGUUCGAAUUCCAUUCAGUAUCCAAACUGCUUUACCAUCCCAAUAUCCAUAUUCUCAGAACCUCAGCCUAACAGCAUUACCAACAUCAACCGCACCUGUUUAUCCUGGAGAACACACUGCUCAACACUCUGCGCCUGGCAUGCCUCGGUAUGCAUCUCUUCAUGAACGUAUUCGCACUUUCCAAUCUUGGCCUCACAAAAAACCCAGCCGGGAAUGGGUUGCUGAAGCAGGGUUUUACCAACUUGGAAUCGAUGAUACCGUGUGCUGUUAUAUGUGUAAUGGUCACCUGCGAGAGUGGGACGAAUCAGACAAUCCAUGGAUUGAACACGCCAAAUUUUUUCCAAACUGUCUUUAUUUAAGAAAUAUGAAAGGCGACGCAUUUGUUGCAGAAAUCUGUCGAAAUCUCGAACAUUUACCGAAAGAUAAUCGCAACAGGGUAAUAACUCAACGUAGUUUCACGACCGCUGACCACAUGUCAUUUGCGGGGCAGCCAGGUCAAGCUGGUUUCUCCAACUCCUUGCCGGAAGUGUUUUCAUCCUCCGGUCAAAGUACUUUUUCUAGUUCUCACCAUCCAUCUGGAUUCUCCAACCCCAACAACCUAACUGGGCUGACCAACUCGAGCCAAAGAGCAUUCCUGAAUACUGGCCAGGUUGAGUUUUCUAAUAGUGGUGAACGGCCAAUUUUUAGAUUACCAUACCACAGUAACAUCACUUCCUGUAUGGACCCUAUUCUAGAUGAGCUACGAUUAUUACCUGAUGUGAAGGGCCCUGUUAACCGGACUGCAGCAGCAUCGAGCCACCUAAGUACCACAGAACACCGGCAGUUACAGCAGCCUCAAGCCCAACAUCACCAGGUUCCAGUGCCACCAGUCCAACCAUCUUGGAGCAGUCAAGAAACUAAUCCCAGACUGUUCGGUUCUAUUCACACUUCAAUCCAGCCCCAUAGGCUCCUUGGAAUCGAGCCCAAUGACUGGAGAGAAGCAAAAGUUUGCAAAAAAGACCCCACCCAGCAAACAGACAAGUACCGUCCAUUACAUGUUCCUUCUUCUCAAGAAACAACUUCUGAAUCCUGGAGAAGUAAACUGCAAUUAUGUCUGCAGCAGCCUCGUGUGCUGACCUUCUUAGAGAAUGGUUAUAGUGAACGAAGGAUUCGGAAAGUCUUAAAGAAACAACUUCAAAGUACUGGUGGGUGAUUUCACUCUUUUUCUCAUUCUUAUUUCUAAUAGUGCCACACUGCGCAUAGGUUUUGGUCUCAGUUCUUUAAAAAU